AAUUUAAUUAAUUUAAUUUAAUUACAGUUACAGUGUUACAGUGUUGAGUUACAGUGUUGAGUUGAUGAAUUGCGAGGUUUCGGCCCCCAGUGAGUUUUUGCUGAAUAUAAAUCAGGUGACUGUAGAGACAGAAACAACAGGAGGGUUUGUGUGGUGCCUCCAGCAGAACGUUUGUCUCAUACUGCGUCUCAUUGUGGUCUGGGAGCUGCAGCAGGAGGUUUUUGCUCUACCAGUUUUGUCUCUAAAUCCUGAGGAUUUAUUUUCCGGAUCUCCAGAUGAUGAAGAUGCCAGAGUCGUCGCUCAGGUUGUCGUGGACGUUCUACUGGACGCUGGGAAUCGUUAGCACCCUCACACUGUUGAACUCGGCCGGAUUUAUGCUGCUCCUCCUCCAGACCCGAGAGCUGGGAGAACGUAUGGAUAUGGUGGAGUCUCGCAUGGAGGAAAUCUCUCACAGCUCGGUGGUGGAGUUCAUGACAGAGAUGAGCAGGAAUCAGAAGGAGAUCCAAGAAGAUCUGCAUCAGAACUCCAGGAAUAAACGAAGUCAGGAGAGGAAGGAGGCUCAGGUUCUGGAGCAGAAAUUUCAGCUGGAACUGGAGGAGAAACUGGCCGAGGUUUCAGGAGAGGGGAUUGGAGAAGAAAUGAGCAAUGAGGUGAAGAACAUUCCAGAACCGCCAGGUUCCUAUCACAGGACAGUGCAGCAUGAUGGGAUGAUGAUGAUGAUGACGUACUCCAUGGUGCCGGUGAAAGUGUUAUUAGACCUCUGUAAUGGCACUAAAGGAGUUUGUCUCACCGGUCCUCCAGGACCACCAGGUUUACCAGGUGUGGAUGGAAUGCCAGGAUACAACGGGACAGACGGAAUUCCCGGUUUGGCAGGAGAACCUGGAGCACCGGGGAAACGAGGGAAAAAAGGUCCUCCAGGUGAAAAAGGUGAUCCAGGUGAGCCAGGUGUGAAAGGUGAGCCGGGGUCACCUGGAGAAAAGGGAGAACCUUCUAAUGAGGUGAUUGUAGAAGGUCCUCCAGGCCCCGCAGGACCACCCGGAGCUCCAGGUCUGAUUGGUCCCCCUGGGCCCCCAGGACCACCUGGACCAUUGAGACCGACCAAAAACAGGAGCCAGAGAGCUCACCUGCACAUGGGCCAUGCAGCUGAAGGUUUGAUUCAUGCUCAAGUUUCAAAUGAUCACAUGAUGAGUCAAGGACCAGGGACCAGAGGAAAGAACUUCAAAAAUGAGUGCAUCAUAAAGUCAGUAACGGAACCGGAGAACCUGGCGAAGAUGACGAGUACGUUUGGAACCUGGCUGAAAGACACUGCAGGGAGAGACGAUGAAAAGAUCUGGGUAGCAGAACAUUUCUCAGGUCGGAUUAUAAAGGAGUACAGCAGCAUCGCCGCCUGGCAGAACGGCACCUUCAGGUCCAUCGACGUCAAGAAGUUUUUUCAGGGAUGUGGACAUUUAGUUCACAACAACUCCAUUUAUUACCACAUCGCUGGAACCUACAGCAUCGCCAAAUAUAACCUCCACACGGGGGCGCUGCAGACUCUGGCCGUAGAGAACGCUCUGUACCACAACCUGUCCUACCUGCUGCACAACUCUAAGACCUACUUUAAAAUGGCGUCGGAUGAAAGCGGCCUGUGGCUGGUCUUCGCCUCGAGCCUGGACGAGAGCAUCGUGGUGGCCCAGCUGGACGAGAAGACGUUCUCCAUAACGACGUACGCGAACACCAGCUACCCGAAGAGCAAAGCGGGGAACGCCUUCGUGGCGUGCGGCGUCCUGUACGUCACAGACUCUAAAGACACCAGAGUGACGUACGCCUUCGAUCUCCUCAAACAAAAACCCCUCAACAUCAGCGUGGACCUCUGGACACCAGCCAGCGUCCUGUCCAUGAUGUCUUACAACCCAAAAGACAGACAUUUAUACGUCUGGGACAGUGGACACGUCAAAUCCUACAGGGUUCACUUCCUGUCUGACGACUGAGUACAGCUUCACUAAAUGAAAGAGUCCAAGAGCAAUGUUAUUUUUUCCUUUAACUGACUAAUAAUAAUAAUAAUAAUAAUAAUAAUAAUAAUAAAAUGCCACUAUGAUGACAAAAGUAUUGGGACACCUGCUUUUUCCACCCAUAUGUGGUUCUUCACCAAACCUUCACCACAAAGUUGGAGACAAAUAAUUGUUUCGGACAGAUUUUCAAUGCACUUGAACUAUGAGACCCAAACCUGUUCCAGCAUGACAAUGACCCUGAAGCCAGCCUCAUGAAGAUCUGCUUUACUUGGGUUGGAAGUGUGUGGAAGAUCUCCUGCUCUAGAGCUCUAUACCAUA